CAAAACUGUUCGGAUAUGCUGAUACGCAUAAACAUAUUAGGGAGAGGAUCAUCUGCGACGGUAUAUUCUGGAUAUCAUCUACCCACUCGAGCAACUAUAGCAAUCAAGAGAAUCGAUCUUGAGCGCUUGGAUAUCAAUGGCACCGGGACACGGCUCGAUGCACUACAUAAAGAGAUACAAAUCAUGUCACUCUGCAAUCACCCGCACCUCUUGCCGAUAUAUCAGAGCUUCGUAUCAAACAGUUAUCUCUAUAUUGUCAUGCCUCUCAUGUCUGCUGGUAAAUUUCGAGAAACAUUUAAAGCCAAGACGGCCUUUAUUAACCUUUAUUCUAGGCUCAUCAUUCUCAAACAGGUUGCCCUGGGGUUGGAUUAUCUACACACUAACCAUUUAAUACACCGGGAUGUGAAAGCGGCCAAUCUGUUACUUGACUGGAAGACAGGUUAUGUUUCACUUGCUGACUUUGGAGUCAGGUUAUCGGAUCCAAUCAGCCAUCCCAAAGUUUCCCUCAGGCGCUCAUUUGUUGGCACACCAUGUUGGAUGGCCCCUGAAAUACUCGGCUGCCAGGCAUAUGGGACCUCGGUCGACAUAUGGUCUCUUGGGAUAACAGCUCUAGAAUUAGCUUGUGGGAGGGCUCCUUUCAGUGAAUUUGAUAUUCGUACCAUAUUUGCUUGCAUUCUACACCGACCUUCACCUACACUUCAAAGCGUCGACUCUAAAGCUAGUUUCGGCGAUUCUUUUCAUGAUUUUGUUGACCAAUGUCUUCACAAAAACCCUGGGCAACGCACAACAGCCCAAGAAGCACUUUCCCAUAAAUUCUUAUGUCACGCAGAGCCUCCUACGCAUUUGGCUGACUACCUUGCCUGCUAUCCAAAGUUGAACAAAAAUACAUCUCAAACAUUAUUUCUACACAAACAACCACUUUGUGACACCUUACACACGAGUAUGCAUGAGAAUGAUGACCAAAGUAAGAAAUUACAACUUUAUUUUUGUCUUUGGAUAAACUGGAAGACUUCAAAUUGUAUCUCAUCAUAUUGCCUUGGUUUGUAUGCAUAUUAA